CUUCGAACGGGAUUGGUGUGUGCGCAAGAGAGAAGCUCCGUGACAAAUCUCAACGCUCCGUGGUGUGACUCUUUCUGUUUCCUCCUCAUCGGAGCCCAAAUUCUACGCCUGGCCCAAACAUGGAAGACCCUGCAUUGACGGCGCAAGAACCACCAGCGCCUGAAGCCCCUCCGCCGCCGGCCAGCGGCGAGACUGCGCCGUUCUCGACCUUGCACCCGCCGACCCCCGCCAACCCAGUCCCGGCCCUCAAGGAGGCUGCGUCGGCGCCGGCCAGUAUGAGUGAGGCGACCACGGCUGUGGAGAGCAUUAGCAAGCCUGCUGCUGCUGCUGUGGAAACCCCUUCCGUGGAAAAGCCUACUGCGGAAACACCUGUUGCGGAAAAGCCUGCUGCGGAAACCCCUUCCGGGGAAAAGCCUGCUGCGGAAACCCCUUCCGUGGAAAAGCCUGCUGCGGAAACCCCUGCUGCUGCGGAAACACCUGCUGCGGAAAAGCCUGCUGCGGAAACACCUUCCGCGGAAAAGCCUGCUGCGGAAACCCCUGCUGCGGAAAAACCUGCUGCCGAAAUUCCUUCUGUGGAAAAGCCUGCUGCGGAAACCCCUGCUGCAGCAGGUGCAGCAGAAAACGGGCAAGACGCUGCGGCAGCACAGAAGCAACAGGAGAGCGAGGGGGGUGCAGGAGAGGAGGGCGACGGCGUAGAGAACGGAGGGAAGGAAGAAGAGGAGGAGAAAGAGAAGGUGGAUGACAUGGAGGUCCAGGAAGAAGAGAAGGUGGAUGAAACGAAGGUUCAGGAAGAGAAGGUGGAUGACACGAAGGUCCAGGAAGUGGAGAAAGUGGAGAAAGUAGAUGAAAUGAAGGUCCAGGAAGAGGUUGAAGAGGAGGAGGAAGAGGAGGAGGAGGAAGUAGAAGAGAAAAAAAAGGACGAAGGGAUCACGGCAGCCGACAAGAAAGAGGAGGAAGAAGAAGAAGAAGAAGAAGAAGAAGAAGAAGAUGACGGAGACGGAGACGAAAAUCACCAAGAGGAGGAAGAAGAAGACGAGCAGGAGGAAAGCGAGGACGAGGAGCAAGAAGAAGAGGCGAAGAAGGAGGCGAAGAAGGGAGUCAAGAGCUCUACCAAGGGGAACAAGGCGAAGGAGGCGGCAAAGACGCCGGCGUCUCCUUCCAGCGGACGCAGGAGGAAGUCCAUCGAAAGGCUCGGCGACAACUAUGCGGUAACGGAGGACAAGAAGUCGGUGGAGAUCGCUAAGGGCGCGGGCUCGGCUCUCGAGGACAUCCCCAACGUGGCCGAGAAGCUGGGGCGCUUGACGAGGAAUUCGCACAUGAUCGGGCUGCUGCACAAUCUUCUCUUCGGAGGGAAGAUGAAGAAAACAGAGCUGAAGGCACAGCUUCUGCAGUUCUCGGGUAUCCCAGAUGACGAAGCUCUGGACAAGGUGGCCUCCCGACUGGACAGCAAGAAGUGGCCGGUCCCCAUGGUGAAGGAAGCCAUGGACCUACUCGAGGUGAAUGUUGACGCCGGACACUCGUUUUCUAUUCCAAUGGAUUCUGGUGUACGUCACGACGAUGGUUGA